GCCCGAUUGGCCUUCUCGCCGUACCUGGCUGGCGCUACCAUGGAUGCCGUAGUGCCGUACAAGGAUUCGGAGCCCAAGAUGCCGGAACCUCUGGCUGCCGCGCGAGUACUGCUACAACGUGCCGUACUGCAGCGGCUCCGAGAGCUACAGCUGCUGGUGGAGUGGCCGCUACUGCGGCCCCCCUGUACGGCAGCACAGAUGGAGCGCUUGUUUUCCGGAGGCAUGCACCCCUCCGAGCUGGUCGGGCUGCGCAAUGGAACCCCCCUGGAGUAUCCCCGCCUGCUGCCAGCACUCCAGGGGCUGUGCCUGCUGGGCCCUAUGGACUUCGCGGUGGCGCUGGCAACUGGAGGAGCGCCGCCGCUGCAGCAGCAGCACCUCGGGAAAUUGAUCGGUGUGGACGACCGCGCCCUCCCAUGGUUUCGGGACAUCAAGGUCGCGGCGGCCCGAGCGGUGGUUUCGGAGGGCAGCAUUCGCGGCGCCAUAGCCUUUGCCGUAUUCGGUGUACCGCACGGCGAACGGGCUGUCGUAUGGGAGACAGCUCUCGGCCUCAGGCGUCCGACCCCGCCGCAGCUACCACCGGGUUUCCCCCAAGCGCAUGCUGGCAGCACCGGUAGCGGCGGCGGCGGCGGCGGCGGCGGAUCUGGCCUCGGCGGUUCUGAGAGGGCCUCAGCAAGUUCGGUUGCUACAGCUGGUGGCGGUGAUGGUGGUGGUGGCGCUACUGCCGAUUCGGGUUUCGGAGCUGAGGAGCGGGAGCGGUUCGAGCGGCUGUGUACCAAGACUCUGGAGCAGCCGCUGCUUCUUGACGUGGUGGUUUCGGAGGAUGUCGGGCCGUUGGUCGGCGACUCCGGGACGUUCUUCCUGUUUGAGGAGCCCAUACGCGGGACGGCGGCGACGCUGCCGACCGCCGGCAGCAGUGAUGCCGGCGGCAGCGGCGGCAGCGCCGCCUCAUCCUCCAAGCACCCGCAGCACCCGCCGUACUACCCUCCAAGCGGGGUCUUGCCGUAUCGCGGUAUCUCGCUGCUUGCGGCGCCGCUAUGCUACAUGUACGACAGCGCGGCAUCGUCGUACCACAUGUUCCGAGCGUUGUACUGCAGGUACUGGAGCAAGCUUCAUUCUCUGAGUUCCGCUGGACCGCCCUCCCCGGCCCUCCCUGGACUGUUGCGAGUCUUCGAGUACCUCCUGCAAGAGCUGGACUCCGCGCUGGUGAACCACCUCUCCCGGCUAGGGCUGCUCCCCGCCACCCUCGUCCUCCCCUGGAUCACGACCGCCUUUGCCGGGGUGCUGCCGGUGCAGGAGGUUCUCUUGUUGUGGGAUCGGGUGAUCGGACUGGACUCGUUGCUGCCGCUACCUCUGCUGGCAGCUGCCGUACUGUGCUUCAGGCGCCACGUGCUGCUCUCCUGUACCUCUCCCUUGGAAGUGGUUUCGGCGCUAUCUGACGUCAGCCAGCUGCGUGUCGUACCGCUGCUACAGGCGGUGCUGUUUCCUGGACCCGGGUCGGAAGCUUAG